GCUCAAACUGUGGGGGAGGGGGAAAGACUGAACAGAACGAGACUGUGACAUGAGUAAGAGUGGGUGAGCGAGAGACGGAAAGUCUGAAUCGAGGUUCCGACUUGAGUGGGGAAGUAGUGAUGAUUACCACAAGGGCGUGGUCGGCAAACCGCCUCCCAGAAGUGACACACAGAGGAAAGCGCCCUGGAUAUUGAGGACGUGGAUAGAUCUCUGGACUCGUGCAGCUCACAGGAUGGAUACCAAGAUUCAUUUGACCCAGUUGGCCUUCAUCCUGUUUGUCAUGCUUAAAGCAUCUCCAGUGACAUCCUCCCCAUCCAUAACUGUGAAAACCACCAAAGACGGAACCAAGAUCAAUAAAGAUGUUGCCUGGGAUCCGAAGUGGGACAAAGACUUCAUUUAUGAUUAUGAGUCCCUGCGCUACGCUGGACUGUCCAUUGCAGCAGUGCUUUUUAUUGUGGGCAUCAUGGUCAUUGGCUGCGGCAGGGCCUGUCGGCUGUGUAGAUGUCUCAAAAGGUCACCAAAAUCAUACUAAGCUUUUUGAGGAGAAAAACCUUACAGUGUACAUAUUUUUACGCAGAGCUGUGAGAAGCCAACCAGGAGUUCAUCCUGAAAAACAAUAACCUAGCACCAUGGUUGUAUAAUAUAAAAUGACUGACUAUAUGCUGCUUGGUAACAAGGUCAGAAAAACACCAAACAUAAAAAAACAUCAAUCAUGCUGACGAGUAAGAAAAAGCUUAACCAUCACCCGCUUAAUCUUUGUAUAACAUAAUUUCUAUACUUAGUGAAAUUGCACUGAAAUGUGAUUAUUUGUCUUUGCAAAUAAGAAGAUUAUUACCAUCUUAAUCACACCUUCAACCACGAAGCAGCCUUGUUUCUAAUGACCUUUUAUAUUGUAUAACAGAACAGCCACAGGCAGUCUCUCACAGCCACGAUUACUAUUUAACACAUCCUUCUCCUGAAAGAUAGUAGGCGCUCUUUACACUUUCAUCUCAACAUAAACGGGAGGUUUAGUGAGGAGUGUCCAAGCCUCCUAGUCAGUGAAGCAUUAUUAUUAUGGUCACCAUUCCACGCAUGGCAUCAAAUGAUCUGGACAAUAUUAUAAUUUAAUUAUAAUAUAGAUUUACUUUCAAAACGACGCAGAGUUCAGCAUACCUAUUUAAUAAACAAUAGUCUUGACUAUUUUAAUUGCCAUCAAGACUAAAUCAAAGAGAGAGAAGAUGUAAAAACAGAAUUGACAUGAUUCAACAUUACUGCAAAUAGUUUAUUGCGAGCUGGUUGGUUAUGUAUUAUAUACUUUGUUUAUAAAGAUAGGAUGACAAACUAUUGUGAAUGCUAUUAUCACUAAUACAUACAGUAUGGGAUCAUACAAAAUAGCAGACAAACGUUCAUUCGACAUUAAGUUCAAAUUUUUCUCCAAUAAGGCACAAAUAUUUUAGACAGAAAAACCUUUGGAAAAUAACUGCCACCACAAAUUGUUUACGUAGAAUUUCUAUAUGAACAGCGGAGAGAAGAAAUCACCCCGUAACAAAUGUAUAAAAACGACCAUUUGGUCAAAUAUAUUUUUAUGUUAAGAGACACGAUACAAACAUCAGUAAAUCUGUAAAUACAUACAAUAUAUUAAAAGCUGUAAUAACUGAAUAAGGUCUGACAAUGGUUUUAUGCGUAGGCUCUGAAAGCUGUGUGCAGUGUAACAAGAAAACUUUUAGUAAAUAUAAAAGAAUAAGAAAUGGAAUCUCGCACUGCAGCAAACCGAAAUAUAUUGGUUUUACAGUUGCGAUACUGUCAAAGUCUUGUCAAAGUCUUGACAGUAUUGCUGUCAUACUCUUAACCGGCCCCCGGAUGGUGGGGCUAUCGCUGCUCUACGCAGCUCUUAGACACACCGUGAGGGAAAAGAGUUUCAAUUUGGUUUUUGCACUGUAUGAUGUGACUUAUGUGAGUACUUUGAUUGCUUGCAUUUUUUGUGCAUUUUUAAUAAAAUGUGUUUUAAAACA